UGCGCCGCCGUGCUGCUGGCCGAGCUGCUGGAGCGAGUGGCCUUCUACAGCAUCACCUCCAAUCUGGUGCUGUUCCUCAACGGGCCUCCCUACAGCUGGGAGGGUGCCCAGGCCAGCCAGGCCCUGCUGCUCUUCAUGGGCAUCACCUACCUGGUGUCGCCUUUCGGCGGCUGGCUGGCUGACGCCCUCCUGGGCAAGUUUGGCACCAUCCUUCUCAGCAUGGCGCUCUACCUGCUGGGCAUGCUGGCCUUCCCCGUCAUCGCUGCGCCGCACACCCGCCAGGGCCUCUGCGGGGACAUGCCCUUGUUCCCCAUAGAGAACUGCUCCUCUCCGGCAGCCAACGCCACCCUGGCACCUUGCUCCCAGGCGGGAGCCACCCGCUACUGUGCCACCGCCACCUUCAUCGGACUGGUCCUCGUGGGGCUGGGCGUCGGGUCAGUCAAGGCCAACAUCACCCCUUUUGGGGCGGACCAGGUCAAAGAUCGGGGUCCAGAAGCCACAAGAAGAUUUUUUAAUUGGUUUUAUUGGAGCAUUAAUUUGGGAGCUAUUCUCUCUCUGGGAGGAAUUGCAUAUAUUCAACAGAAUGUGAGCUUUGUUAUUGGAUAUAGUAUCCCAACAGUUUGCAUUGGGAUUUCAUUCAUGGUUUUCUUAUGUGGUCAGAGUUUCUUCAUCACAAAACCACCUGAUGGUAGUGCCUUCACAGACAUGUUUAAAAUUCUCGCAUAUUCUUGUUGCUCAAGAAAGAGGCAUGUGGACCGUUCAACUAAUAGCGAAGGCCAGGGAGUACUUCAGCAACCUCGCAAACAAAGCCUCUUUGAGAUGGCCAAGCUGUCUCGUGGGGGCCCAUUCAGUGAAGAUAAAGUAGAAGAUGUGAAAGCUCUCGUCAAGAUUAUCCCUGUCUUUUUGGCUUUAAUACCUUACUGGACAGUGUACUUUCAAAUGCAGACAACAUAUGUAUUGCAAAGUCUCCAUCUGAAAAUUCCUGAAAUACCAAAUGACACCAAUUCUAUUCAUACGUUUCCUGCAGCCUGGUUGACUAUGUUCGAUGCAGUGCUUAUUCUGAUCUUAAUACCCUUAAAAGAUAAACUGGUGGACCCCAUUUUAAAGAGGAACGGCUUGCUCCCAUCCUCACUGAAGAGGAUUGCAGUUGGAAUGUUCUUUGUAAUGUGUUCUGCGUUUGCUGCAGGAAUUCUGGAAAGCAACAGACUGAAAAUUGUAAAGGUUAAAACAAUUAAUCAGACAAUUGGAAAUGUUACAUACUAUGCUGCAGAUUUGCCAAUAUGGUGGCAGAUUCCUCAAUAUGUGCUGAUUGGAUUCAGUGAAAUAUUUGCAAGUAUAGCAGGCCUAGAAUUUGCAUAUUCAGCUGCUCCCAAAUCCAUGCAGAGUGCUAUUAUGGGGCUGUUUUUUUUCUUUUCGGGGAUUGGAUCAUUUGUUGGCUCUGGAUUGUUGGCACUGGUGUCUAUUAAAGAAAUUGGCUGGAUGAGUAAUCACACAGAUCUUGGUAAUAUUAAUGGCUGCCAAUUAAACUAUUAUUUUUUUUUGCUGGCUGCUAUCCAAGGAGCAACCCUCUUGCUUUUCCUUAUUGUUUCUGUGAAAUACGAUCAUCAAAAAUCGAAGGUUAAUGAAGUGGCUGCCAAUGGAAGAAUCUGAUAUCUGUUAAAAAGCAGACUUUAUUACAGCAGCACACAAAGAAAUGGCAGCGCACCUUCAGUCUACGAGAUCUGAUGUUUGCUCCAGUGAGACUCUUACUAGACUUGCAUGUUACAAGGGUUCUUGCCCCUGCCCCCUCUCGUGUAACGUAGGUAAGUGCCUUAUGCUGGUGGGGCUCUUUUCUUGCACUACGUCCUGGCGGAGGACAAACACAAAUCUUGGAAGUGUAGUAACUCUAGGCAUUCAAGUUACUCUCUGUUAAAUCGUGAGAUGUUUACUUAACUCUUGAAAGUUGGGACACUUAUAUGUGGAAAAUGAGU